UCACUGCUGACAUUAAGGUCAUGUCUAAGUCGUAGAUUUUUACAUGAAAACUCCAAUGGAAAAACUGCCUUGACUUUGACAUGAUCUUAAUAUCCCAGAAGGCAUUCAAUGUCAAAAAGGCAUCAAAAUAGAAACUUAAUAUCAAAAGAGAGAUCAACCAGAUCAACAUGUAAAAUGAUGUAAAUCAUGUAAAUCAAGGUCGGACUAGCUUGCGCAGACAACUUCAAGUGCUUCAGGACAAGUGUUAACCUAACCUUAAAAAAUUUAGCAGACGGCUUUUUUUGGGGUGCGCGAAUGACGCAUGUAAACAAUAAUUAUUUUUACCUACUUGUUUAUCUUUAUGCAUCCACUUGUCAAUUUUGUGAAAUUUUUACUAAAAACUGUGAUACUUAAUGUAAUCCUAACAACUAUAUUUAUAAGCCAAUACUCAGAAGAUACUAUCCUUCCGGCAAUUUUCUAGGCGUGUUUUUAAAGACUUAAAUCUACAAGAUGUCAGGACAACAACAUCCAUUUCCAUCAGGAUUCCCAAAUACCCAACAAUCGACAAUGCGCAAUCAAUUUGGAGGCGGUCAAAUGGUUUCAAGUUUAAUGGGACCCCAACAAGGAGGAAUGGUGAAUCCACAGCAAUUCGGUCCCGGCGUUGGUACGGGCGUUAGUUCCAAUACAAUGGGUAUGCUUAGUGCGCAACAAGUUCUCGCACAGCAACAACAACAACAGACCAAUGCUCUUCAGCAAAUGCAGCACUUACAACAGCAACAACAACAGCAGCAGCAACAACAAAUGCAGAUGCAACAGCAGCAACAACAAGUCGCUUUGGUACAACAGAAUAGUCAGGGUGGCAGUGCAGCCACAACUCCUCAAACUCCAGUUCCACCAACUCAACCACCACAGGCACAAAAGCAACCCGGUAAGGAUAUUAACACUGCCAGUCUUUGUCGAUUUGGUCAAGAAACAGUGCAGGAAAUUGUCAGCAGGACACAAGAAUUAUUUCAAACAUUAAAAGUUCUUCAACCACCCAAUGGCACUGCACAGGGCUCCACAAUUGCAAACGAAAAGAAAGCAAAAGUCACGGAACACUUGAGAACGUUAAAUUUAUUAUUCAAUCGAUUGAGAUUAAUUUACGAAAAAUGUAACGAGAGUUGCCAAUCGGGAAUGGAGUAUACGCAUAUUGAAAGUUUAAUUCCACUCAAGGAGGAAUGGGACAUGAAGUCAGAUGAAAAGAAAUCGUCCGAAGCUUAUCGACUCGUUUAUGAAGAAAGCAAAGAAGUCAUGGAGCAAGUCAUCUUGAAAAACAGGCAUCUCAAGGAAAUAAUCGAUCACUUGAGGCGCAUUAUAUCCGAAAUAAAUACAAUGUUAACUAUGCGACGAUCUUAGAAAUAAUCUACCUAUACACAUAAGUAUAAUUGCUUUAAAAAAACUGCCUAUUUGAAUAUAAUAAACAAAAUAAUCGUAAAAA